AUCGUGUGCAGACUCCCCUCCAGCUAUAUGUGCGUCUCUAGCAGAGCCAAUCCGUGGCACCAGCCUAACCCAGUCAGUCGCUUUAAGACUAUCAGUGCCAUGGCACCAUCAAAUCCUCCGACCACUGGAUCCUCCGCAGAUUCUUAUUAGUGACAGCGCGCCGCUAGGGGACUCAUUUUACGCACGACCACCGACAGGCGCAUACACUCUGUGCAGAGCCCCUGUCCUCCUGUUGCGCCAUGGAGAACUCCAGCCUGUUGGGCGGCGACGCACAAAAUGCUGGCUUGAUAGACUUUCUUAUGUCGGACACUUUGCAGCAAGUUGUGGAUUUCUCAGAAGACACCACCAUGGCUGGACUGGUGGCAAGUAGUGCAAUCUUCCUGGAAGGCAACACAUUCAGGAUUGCCGAUGGAGCGGAGUUUAUGGCCGCUCCGCCGACGGAAUCCCCUCACCUGAUGCCUGCCUUUUGGGAUUCCCCGCUCAACCACGGAAUCAAUGUAUUCGUGGGACUGGUUCUCUGCUUCACUAUGCUGGGGCUGGGCUGCACGGUGGAGGUUAGCCAGAUUGGAGCACAUAUCCGCAGACCCAUCGGGGUGCUGCUGGCACUGGUGUGUCAGUUUGUUAUCAUGCCCUUGGUGGCCUUUCUGUUGGCUUUAGCUUUCUCUCUGGAUGAUGUGGCAGCGAUGGCUGUUCUCCUCUGUGGCUGCUGCCCGGGAGGAAACUUAUCAAAUAUCAUGUCUCUGCUGGUGCACGGGGAGAUGAAUCUAAGCAUCAUCAUGACAAUAUCUUCCACUCUGCUGGCGCUCGUGCUGAUGCCGCUGUGUCUGUGGAUCUACAGCCGGGCAUGGAUCAACACACCGGUGGUCAACCUCAUGCCCUUCGGGGCCAUCAUCCUGACCCUGUGCAGCACUCUAAUCCCCAUUGGUUUAGGAGUAAUGCUGAGGUACCGCUACACGCGUGUGGCCGACAUUGUUUUGAAGGCAUCUCUGUGGUCUCUGCUGGUCACCCUUGUGAUGCUGUUUAUCCUCACUGGAGCCAUGCUGGGGCCUGAGCUCCUGUCCACCAUCCCGCCCUCUGUCUACAUGGUGGCUGUCCUGAUGCCCAUGUGUGGUUACGCUGCAGGUUACGGCCUGGCCGUGCUCUUUGACCUGCCGCCAAACUCCCGCAGGUCAGUCUCUAUGGAGACAGGAUGCCAGAACGUGCAGCUGUGCACUGCCAUCCUGAAGCUGGCCUUCCCCCCUCAGCUGAUGGGAGGGACGUACAUGUUCCCUCUCCUGUACGCCCUCUUCCAAGCAGCCGAGGCUGGUGUUUUAAUCCUGACCUACAGGAUGUACAGGAAGAAGGUCCUGCAUAAACCAGACCCCAUGGGGGACAGCGAAGACACGGAUAUAACAUAUCAAAGGUUUCAGGAUGAGGAUUUUGACUCAUCUUAUGGUGCUGUGACAGUGAGUGACCCAAACACCAUCAUGUUGGACCCAUGUCCCCCUGAUCCAACGCCUGUUUAACAAUUUAAUAAAGAAAAUCUGGGAACCAGAGAGACUAUGCAGGGAAAUGUCUAUCACUUACCUGACUGCUGAAAAAAAGGUGCUUUGUGUCAUAAGCUUCAUUCAUUCAAUUUGACAAUUCAUGUCUGAUACGGAAUGGAAAAAAACAAUGUUUUAAAGACAUUGCUGUGUUACAUAUAAGGCAAUUUUCAUCAGCUAAGCUUACAUCUGUGAAAGUAACAUUAAUCAGCAAACCACACCAUCAAAGCAAGACAGCAUUUAGUUUCACAAGUGAACAAACUGUGUGUGUGCAUGUAAGAGAAAGGGAGACUAAAAAUACAGGAGAAAAACAUAUCAGUUUGUCAGUUCAUUGCAGCGCCAAAUUCAGUGUCCAAUCCCCAUAGACAGAACUAACGGAACAAAAUGUACAAUAUGUGUAUAUUAUAAACAACUGUAUCAAGAAAAUAAAAUGUGUAUAAAAAA